GAGCAAGACAGCACGUUACGCGCACGGCCAUCACUCCACCGGACCACCACCACCUGUCUCGCCGACCGAACCAGCGCGGCCUCGCCAAAUCCCGACUCGGGCCGAUCUCUCUCUCUCUCUCUCUCUCUCUUCCAAUCUCUUCAAGGGUUUUCAUCUAGCCAACAUUUGCAGUUAGUCUUUUCUUUCGUGGACCUUUUAAGCUUGAGAUCAUGUAUGGAGGCGAUGAAGUAUCAGCAAUUGUCCUUGACUUGGGUUCACAUACGUGCAAGGCUGGUUAUGCCGGUGAAGAUGCUCCCAAGGCAGUGUUUCCAUCUGUUGUUGGAUCAAUAGAUCAAACGGGAGUGCUUGAUGCUGUCAAGACUGAGAGGGACUCUGGCCCUCUUUCUGAUUCCAGAAAUGGUGUCGGUCCUUUCGAUUCAGAUAAACCCAAGGCAAAACGCAAAUUGUAUGUGGGAUCUCAAGCCCUAGGGUAUCGCCGGGACCACAUGGAGGUGCUUUCACCAAUGAAGGAUGGAGUUGUCGUGGAUUGGGAUAUUGUUGAUAAUAUAUGGGACCAUGCUUUCAGAGAGCGCUUGUUAAUUGAUCCUACAGAACAUCCUAUGCUUCUUGCUGAACCAUCUUCCAAUACCCCACAGCAAAGAGAAAGGACAGCAGAACUCAUGUUUGAAAAAUACAAAGUCCCUGCAUUAUUUUUAGCCAAGAAUGCUGUUCUAACGUCUUUUGCAUCUGGUCGUGCUACCUCUUUGGUUGUUGAUAGUGGUGGUGGAUCUACAACAGUUGCUGCUGUGCAUGAUGGUUAUGUUCUUCAAAAGGCUGUGGCGACAUCUCCAGUUGGAGGAGAGCUCCUAACUGAGUGCAUGAUGAAAAGCUUGGAAAGCAAAGGCAUUACAAUAAAGCCUAGAUAUGCUUUUAAAAGGAGGGAAAUGCGACCAGGUGAAUUUCAGACAGUGGAUCUUGAUUUUCCAAACACAACGGAAAGUUACAAGCUUUAUUGUCAGAGGGUGAUUGCUAGUGAUAUCAAAGAAUGCGUUUGCCGGGCUCCAGAUACUGCAUUUGAUGAAAGUGCCUAUGCAAAUAUCCCAAUGACGCCGUAUGAGCUUCCAGAUGGGCAGACGAUAGAGAUUGGUGCUGAUAGAUUCAAGAUUCCUGAUAUUCUGUUUAAUCCGUCCUUAGUCCAGACAAUUCCUGGAGUGGAGAGUUUUACAGAAUCUGUUCGCGGUCUUCCCCAAAUGGUUAUCGAGAGCAUAAAUAAGUGUGACGUGGACAUCCGAAGAGAACUAUUUAGCAGUAUAUUGCUUGCUGGUGGCACAGCAUCAAUGCAACAGUUGAAGGAGCGGCUUGAGAAAGAUUUGAUAGAGGAGUCGCCGCAAGCUGCACGAGUUAAGGUCCUGGCAAGUGGUAAUGCAAUUGAAAGGCGAUUCAGUGUUUGGAUAGGAGGGAGCAUACUGGCAUCCCUUGGUUCCUUUCAGCAAAUGUGGUUUUCCAAAGCUGAGUAUGAGGAGCAUGGCGUCUCAUAUAUUCAAAGAAAAUGUCCUUGAGCUACCGCCUCAGUGAUGUUGCUGUGGCUGUAUUUAUCCUUGGAUCAUAGAAAGGUUCUGAGAAGAUAUUUAUGUGUAAACCUCCAGGAAUAGUUAGGCCCAUGUAUUUUCUCUCUACUUGAUUUCCUAACAAUGACUGUUUUUAAAUUGACGUGUAUGCUUUUAAAAGAUGAACUGUUAUGCUAUCAGAGGUCGGAUGCAUUUAGUAAAUAUACAAUGCUAUGAGCUACCCUUGGGCUA